CGCGAGACCAGUUCGAGAACGCGACCCUAACACUGACAUCCGGUUUUUAAAAUAGUUCACGGAAGCUUUACAAAUCUUACUAAUAUUCUGAUAAUAUGAAGAUCAUUCUGUUACUUCUUGUCACCACAUUUAUUGUUUCAGCUCAAAGGAUAACAACAAUUCAACUCGAUGGAGUUCAGUACUUUGUUUCAAGAAUGAAUCCUUAUAGUCCUGAAUUGAAUUAUUUCUUAGCUUAUCAGUAUUGUCGUUCACUUGGUCUACAAUUAGCAUCUUUUGAAACAAAAGAAAAAGCAGAUACGAUGACUCAAUAUUUGAAAAAUGCUGGAUAUACUAAAUAUGACUUCUGGACCUCAGGAAAUAAAUUGGGAACGGAUAUGUUUUUAUGGAUGAGUACUGGACUACCUUUUAAUGCUACUUUUGAUUAUAUGUUAAGACGUUCUGGUAACAGAGCAGUUGAUGUACCUCCUGGUACUGAACCACAAAGGGUAGCACGAGAAAGUGGAGAUAGUGGAAGUACUGAUGGUUGCGUAGCAAUGGUAUCACCAACUUUAGCAUGGGAUGCACAAGAUUGUACGCUCAUUAAGGAUUUCAUUUGCGAGCAGACGCGAUGUUAUUAUUAUAACUACGGAAGCAUACCGGUUUCGGCAACUCAGGGAACUCGUAAACCUUAUGCAACGACGACAACAGCCUUGCCGGAAUUCAACAAAGAUGAUGAGACGGCGGAUAAGUUGGAGACAGAGACAACAGGUGUAGAUGAAAAAGUAGAAAAUAAUAAUGAUCAGACCGAAACUACCGAUAAACAAGAAGAAAAUGUAAAUGAAAAUGAAAAACACGAUGAGGAAAUUCCACCAAAUACAUCAUUUGAUUCGGCUUCUGCUCAUCCUGAAGAUCUUGUGAUUGGUCGACUGAUGAGUACAUUAUCCUCUGAUUCUUUGACGACCGGAAAGAGUAAAGAAGAAACAAUAAAAGUUAAGAGAAUUAGAACUGAGGAUAUACCAGAUAUUACGAGUUUAUUUACUAGUAACACUGGCAUUAAACCAAGAACUGAGAGUGUCUUUGAUGGACUAGAAACUCAUGAAAUCCGUUCAAUUCCUCGAACAAAUUUACCAGGUUCAAUUUAUGAAAAAGCUAAAUUGAUACCAGAAAAUGGUGUUGAAGAAUCAAAAACUAUUGGGCCAUACGAGAGUGUUCAAGAUUAUGUUAAUGAUGAACCGGAAAGUGGAAUUGCUUCUGAAGCGUCAAAGGAUCAAGAGGAAGAUUCUAGUACUAUAUUACCUAAUGCUGAACCAGCUUAUAGGUACAACAUUAAAGUCCGCUCCAACGGAAAAGUAUUAGACCCUCCGUCCAAGUAGUUUUUUUCAGUAAAAUAAGUAGAUCUUAAGUUUAUCUUUGUAGUAUUCAUGAAACCACAAAAUUAAUUAAUUCCAGUCAUUGAUAUAUAAAUUAGAGAAUGAUGAAUUACCAAGGCAAUAUCAUCGAUUUGAAAAAAAUUUAUCAAUUUAUAGAUAAUUAUUAUAUGAUAAAUAUAAUUAGAUAUGACGUCAGAGGACGUAAAAAGCUAAAGCUUUAUGGUGAUGGGCCAAGGGAUGUCCACUGAUGUCAUGUUCGAUGUUUUUUGCCAAUUAGAAUACGAGUGCAAGACGAAAUGUUUUAUACUAACUCUUUUGAUAAUUUACGACGAUUUUUUAUCAUAACAUUUACGUCAUCCAGUCGUAUUCAAUUAUAUUUAAAAUUAAAUUGUAACAUUUUUUUCAUCAAUAAUAUUUUUUUUAACAUUUA